CUCAGGCUAGGAGUCUCCCACUCCUUGCUGCAGCGCUCAGGGAACACCCGACAGCUGGUUUGGGGGUGUGGGCUGCGAGUCACUGUGUUGCAGAGGAAAGAAAAGGCUUCUCUUCACCAGCCUCCCAGCCACUGUGGUAACCCCAGCAGGAAACUUGAAAUGUGCCUGGGGCGGGGCCAUGGUGCCCAGCCAGUGGUGGGGGAGACUGCAGAAGCCGCUUCUCUACCUGUGCUGCACCUCCUUCCUCCUGGGGCUGGCUUUGCUGGGCAUACGGCCGGACCUCGCCCCUGUUGCUUAUUUCUUUCUCGCCUUGGGUGGCUUCUUCAUGUUUGCCUGCCUCCUGGUCUGUUUUCUGGAGUGGGGCUUCCGAUCCAGGCAGACCGAGAGCCCGGGGGCCUCAGACGGUGCACGGGACAAUGAAGUCUUUGAGGUGCCAACCUAUGAAGAGGCCGUGGUGCUGGAAUCACAGUGCCACCCCCAAGAAUCGGAUCAACCACCCCCCUACUGCAGUGUUGUCAUCCCCCCAGGACUAGAGGAGGCACAGCCUAGCCACCCAGAGGGGCCGAGGAGAGCCAGACUGAAAAGGCGAGUGGUCUCAGAGGGGUCCAUGGCUGUGGGCGGGAGCCCUGGAAGAACCCCAAUUAGCCUUCGGCUGCGGGGAUUGCGAGUCAUGUCCACUGCUUCUGAUAUGCACAGCUUGGGUGUGCUCCCCAAGUUGGAGCCUCUGACUCCACCUCCCGCCUAUGAUGUCAGCUUUGGUCAGCCUGAUGAUGACAAUGUUUUCUAUGAAAAUAACUGGACGCCCCCAUAAGCGACUUUCCCAGGACACGCCAUCUCUCUGCACCAGACCCACCAUCCAUUUGGCCAACACUCCCCAGUGCCUGCUGCGUGUCUGGAAGCUUCCACCUGGACAUCCCCCAUGGGGACUGGAACCCAGAGGGGCACCAGGUGAUGGCCAGCCCUUCCCUGUUGAGUCGGGGUGGCCCACUCCGGGUCUUCAGGGAGCUUUCAGUGACCUACCCAGAGCCGACAGUUCCAGACUCAGAUGAAAAGGUGCAGUGAGAAGGUCCAGGGAACCUGGAGAAGAAAAGCAGCAGCUGAGGGACAGCUGAGUCGCUGCUGCUGCGGGGACUGUCUCCAGCCCGUCCCCUGGUGUCCCGGCCUGCGAGGACCGUUACCCCCAUUUGAAAAGCAAACGUCCCCGGGUUCAGGAAGACGCAACGCUUUGCACAGGGACCCGCUGCUAGUAAAGGAGCAUAAAAUGACUCGAGGGUCCCAGUGCCAGAGCCCCGUGUGCUCCCAGCACGAGGGGAGGGCAGCCGAGCCCGCACG